GUAGGUCUAUAGCCAGCCGAGACAGCCCGGUUGCAACGGGCGCGUACAAACGUAUCAUGCUGGGUAGGGCCGGUGCCGAGAUGCCGGCUUGUAAACGAAACCAGUUUGCUAUCCGAUACGAUCCAGGCAACAGCGGCCUCGCGUGAUAUCCCCACGACGUGGAAGAGCGUCAGCGCGGCUGAGCCUGAGUGGGUGUCACCCUGAGCGAGAUCUGGAGAACGACCGCGCGGACUCACCUGACGACGAUCCUCGGUCGGAGCACCUACGACGGUGAAUUAAUUCCAACGACGUUUACCACGUGCCGCCCGGGAUUUAAUUCGGAGUUGAUCAGUGACAUAAUCGCCGCGACGGGAGAAAAAGUCGCCAAUGUGGGCUUUCAGAAUUUAACACCUGCAGAAACAAUCGGCUCUGCUCGCUUCCUCCGGCGCGAUUCAAUAUUUCUUUAAAAGAGAUUAAUACUCCCCGCAUAUUCUCUCUCUAAAUGUAAUAUCCAAUCCGCCUGUAUCGCCGAACUGUAAUAUUUGACAGUGUCAAUGGUGAAGUGGAUAAUUUUCCAGUGACCGUUCCAUCUGUUUCUAAUGAACAAACGUAUCGCGCGUGACUCCGAAUCAUGAGAAGGUCCAGGAGCAAGCACAAAUCGGAGCCCCGCGCUUCCUGAGUCUCGACAAGCCUCCGAGUGACAUCGACACUCCAAGAUCCACAGACUGGAUCAGAAUUGGUGGAUCGCGAAAGAACCGCCGUUCCGGGAAGAUGUCCGCCGCUGGGACCACGCCGCCGAACGCAACGCAAGGUCCGAUUGUACCUGCUCCGUUAUUCGCUUUGCCGACGUUAUCUUUUUCCGUCAGCCAGGUGGCCACGGUCUGCGAGACUUUGGAAGAAAGCGGCGACAUCGAAAGACUGGCCAGGUUCCUAUGGAGCCUCCCGGUUGCUCAUCCCAACAUCCAGGAAUUAAAUCAGAGCGAGGCUGUUCUCCGGGCGCGUGCUAUCGUGGCUUUCCACUCGGGACAUUACCGGGAGCUCUACGCCAUUCUAGAGAGGCACAAAUUCACCAAGGACUCUCACGGCAAGCUGCAGGCAAUGUGGCUGGAAGCGCACUACCAGGAGGCCGAGAAACUCCGCGGCCGACCGUUGGGUCCCGUCGACAAGUAUCGUGUCAGAAAGAAAUUUCCGCUGCCGCGAACGAUCUGGGACGGCGAGCAGAAGACGCACUGCUUCAAAGAGAGAACCAGAUCGCUGCUCAGAGAAUGGUACCUUCAGGAUCCGUAUCCGAAUCCGGGUAAGAAGAGGGAGCUGGCCGCCGCGACGGGACUCACGCCUACGCAGGUCGGAAAUUGGUUCAAGAAUAGAAGGCAGAGGGAUCGCGCUGCUGCGGCGAAAAACAGGAAGCAUGCGGUCGUGAAAAACGCUUGCCGUCCCAAGCAAACGGGAAAUUCGCCUAAAGUGAAAGCACGACCGCAACGAGAGACGAGAGACGACGCGUGGGUAUCGGUUUUCGGCCGAAUGCAGCAACAAUCAGGCCAAGGGAACGGAAACGCGCGGCGCAAUCUAAGCCCGGGGCCUGGCAGCAGCAGCGAGGAGUCCGACAUUUCGCUCGGUGGAACAUCGCCACCGUCGCCGAGUUCCUCGCCGCCGCCGAACCAUCAACCGUCCCCGGUCCCUCUCGGAUCACUCGGACCUCUGCCAACUCCAUCCUUGAAUUUCCGUUUCGAUCCUACGCAACCGCACUUUCGCUUCGGCCAUACGACGGCUUUCAAGUUUCCACCGACGAGCUUCCGAUUCGGACCGCAUAGUCCGCAGCCUAAUCAUCCGAACAUGCCGGGCGGAGGGAUUUUCAGGUUCACGGAGUCCAGCCCUUUCCAAGCUGUGGGACCUAGGGGUGAUCCGGCGUCGAGAGAAAAUGCAGUUCUUUCUCUCUUCGAUUACAGAUUGCCAGAUCCGUUGGGGUUACCGCCGCCGAGACUCCAUCCGCACGACGGCCUACUGCACCACCCACAUCCCCAGCAUCAGCUGUCCGAGGGAAUAUCCAGGAUAUCCGAAGCGUCGCGACUAUCCGACGGUGGGUUAUCUCGCCUGUCGGACAGCUUAUCGGAGGCCCACAGUCCGCCAUUGAUGGCGGCGAAUCUGUCGGUCACGGGUCCGCUGAGAGUGGCUGUACCUAGCCCGCACACCCCCUCUUCCCGAGGUAGUCCGCCCCCUCGUCAGCCGACACCUCAGGGUCAAUCUCAAGGUCAGGGACUGAUAAGGGUCGCCACACCGCCGCCGAAUCCGAAACCGCAAAUCCACAGACCGUUCUCGCCCGCGUGAUACAAUAAGGGCGACGAAUUGGAAGACGCCGUCGACACAGACAAUCGUCUGACGUCGAGAAAGAUCUACCAGUGUGAUGACGUCGCGAGCGAGCGUUUCGAGGUGUUGUGAAGGCGGGGGAGCUAAUCACCGGGUGACAAUCUGGCAUUGAAAAAGGAGGUUUUUCAUGGAAUGACAGAUCGAUCGCCAGUCAACUGCAAAAUGCGAAGAAAAAUCGGUUGUGUCUAGAAAAAAUUUUGAGUGUGAACGGUGCAGUAAAUUUGAUACGCGAGAUGCUGAAGAGCAUUUCGCAAUUUUGUGAAAAUUGACGUAUGGACUAGGAUCAAUGAAUACGUUGAAGUUAUUACACGGAGAUUAUUCGAAGAUAGGUGUAAGAUAAAUCGAUAUCUAGCAAGAUGGCUUUCUUCCGCGACAACAUCAAUUAGACAUCAUCGAAGAGCAGAUUCCAGGAGCUUAGAAACAAUCGAUGUAUAUGUGAAGCUGAAUCAACGAUACCCAUGUGUAGAAACAUUGUUGGAAGUUUUACUCGAAAAUAUAUGAAAGCGAUACUGCACUAAAUCUUAGGAAGAAUCCGUUUGGUUAUGUGAUCAAUGGAGCUGUCGACACAGCUCACCCGAGGAAGCAGUUUCCGAUACGCCCUUACAAAACGCGAAAGAGACUAGUGCGGACAAGUGUGUGCGAAUUAAAUAAGUGCAAUCUCUCAGAUUCGGAAAAAGUAAAAAAUCGAAUGGUCAGGGUGUGUAUAUAACAAUAGUUAAACAUUAGUGGCUCGUCUGUUCGGCGAAACCCAAGAACGAGAUGCAGUGAGUUUCAUAGUCUGUAAAUAGUGCCGCUUUCUAGCCGAUACUCCCUAUCGUGAAUGGUCUCCGGAAUCGAGUCGAAUAGUAAACUAUACAGAAUUUUCACAAAAGAAGCGACUACGUAUUUAUUUUACAGAAUACUCUUUCGUUAUCAUUAAAUUUUUUGUUUCCGAAAACAUGUUUGGAAAUAUGUCUUAAAAAAUGUCAAAAGAAAAACAAGUUUAUGAUUAAAAA